AACGGCGGCCGCUGCUGCUGCGUGUUGUUGUUGGAGUUGUCUGGCGGGUUUAUUGAGCUGUGUGUGUUUUUAGCUCUGGUUUUGGUUUAUUCUCUACCGAAUAUGAAAUGCCCGUAGCUGGUUAACGGCAGCAGCCGCUCACCUUCAGGCUGCGGGGUUUACUGUCCGUGUUUUCAGAAUGCUGUCUUGCCACUGGUUUCUGCGGCUGGUCUUGGCUUAUGUUGCAAUUUUACCAUUGCAUACAGAUUCACAAAACACUGGAAUCUACACAGAACAGCCAACAGUGGGCUGGGAUGAGUACGUAGAUGAUCCAACAGCUGCAGCAGAAACUCCACCUACAACAGACUCUGUAACUGUCAGUGCUCCAGAUCCCCUGGACUCCAUCACACCGAGCGCGUUUCCACAAGAGUUUGAGGAGCGUGCUGUACCCACCAUCGCCCCCACAAUCAUGAAUCCAAUUAAUGGGUGUGUGUGUGACAUUACGCUGGAUUUUUGCGACAUCGGCUGCUGCUGUGACGUGAUGGACUGUGGAGUUGCCAACCUGAGCUCUGUGUUCAGAGGAUGUGUGCAGGAGACAAGGUCUGGAGUUUGUGUGGAGAGCUGGUUGAUGUUUAGAGCCAAUGUUGAUCCCCAGCUGGUGACGGUCAAUGACACUAUGUUCUGCGUUCAAAAGGAGACUGAGGUUGUAGCACAGACUCUGCCUGACCUCCCUGAGGGACCAUCACCCAUUUUCUCUCCUCAUUUCUCACUUCAGGAACCCACUGCCUACCGCAACUUCAGCUCUAGCUUUUACAAGGUCGAUGACUUCAUUCUGACAUAUUACAACAACACGAACAUAUUGAGCAUACUCAGACACCCAUCACCAGGGGCUGUGUCUUCUUCAUGCAUGGACCUCAAUCCCGCAAAAUUUCUGCGAUCUGGCUCUCUGUCCUGCUCACAAGCCGUGACCACUCAGUCCUGUAGGAGAGACAGCAGUCUGAGUGUUCGCUCCUAUUACACAGGGUUUAGCCUUCUCAGGGUUCCACUCUCAAAAGUGGAUGUGCCAAAUCUGAUGAUCCCAGUUAUCCUGUUGUCCAAUCAGCCUGAACCCAUCCAGCAGAACAGCUCCUGUUUGAAUGUUGUGUCGAAGGUGGAGUAUGUGAUCACGUACAAUGGCACGGGGGAGAUUAUGGCUGCAACACUGAGAGUAGAUGUGACAAACGCCAGUUUUGGUACCCAGCUACUGCAGCAGCACACGGUGCUAUUUCAGUUGUCCACACCCUCACCACCUCCUUCUGGGACGCCAUUGGUGGGCUUAACAGUCGGAACACCAGUGAUUGGCUGGUUUGGAGAAGAGGCUCAGCCGCUGACAGUCCAGGGUCUUUCCAUGGGAGGAGACUGUUCUACAGACCUUUUUAACCGAGCCCCCAUCCUCUUCACAUAUAACUCCAUCACCGGCUGCACCUUCAGGUCUCCGUCCCGUGACUGUGCCUCACUUCGAGCUCAGCUUUACAGCAUUCUGCGCAGCCCCACCACCCCAGACAUGGUGGCCAUGACUGCGGGGUCCCAGCCGGACUGGAGCAGGGUCGUUCUGCAGGAAUGUCCCGAGCCCCCUUCAAGGGAGGUGUGUGAGACAGGCUGUCUCCUGCCGGUCUCUUUAUCAGUGCAGGUACUCUGGGCUCAGAGGGGACUGCUAGCCCUGCCACAGAACCACAUUCUGGGGGCCAAAUAUGCCUUCAGCUGUCAGAUACUGAAGUGUACUGCCAUUUCUCCUCUGCCUGUGACCACAGAAGUGAUUUUUUCAGAUGCCACCAUUUACCCAGAAGCCCCCAGGGGUGAGCCACAACCUGAGUGGAAAUUCCCAUUUGCUUUUUUCACCAGAGGGUUGGGGGAGCUUGAUGGAGAGUAGGGGGUUCCUCUCUGAGAGAAGGUUCUAGACUGUUUUCUUAAAUAUCUGCCACACUGAAUAUGUACAGAUUUUUUGUAAUAAUUUAUUUAGCAAAAUACAUAAUUUUACAUAAUA